AGUGUCAUCAUAGUGGAUCUCGCAAAAACUGAAAACAAUAAUAAAAAAAAAAGAAGAAAAAAAAAGAAGAAAAAGCAUGCUGCGUCUAGCAGAAGAAUAUCUCAGAAUAAAGUUCAGUUUAAUCAAACAUUCUAACAUAAAAAAAGUGCCGUGGAGAGUUCAUCUGAGUUCUGUAGUUAUCGCACAAAGGUUUGAGGAAAUCAAUGCUGCAAAUGUUCUGUAUUCAGUUGCACUGAUAGUCGCGCUCGAGGGUCGCAUUAGAUUCUGCAUGUCUCCUUUUCAAAGGGCUGAUAGUGGCUCCUCCCUCUCUGAACCUUGUGACAACAACAACUCAUCCACAGAACAGAGUCACACUUUUCUGCUAAUUUUCUUCGUCAUUCUCUCUCAAUCUUUCACAGAGCCUUAAUUUCCCCACGGCAACUCUCCUCGUGCACUCGCGCAUCGGCGGAGGGCUCUUCGGUGGAUGUCUUCUUCUUUGCGCUACUUUUGCAUACUGGCUCUCUUUCCAGUCUGAACUUAUUUCAAAGGUGCAGAACACCAUGGCCGUUCCGGCUGCUCUGAUCCCCCCAUCGUCUCUGGUCCAGCCGUGUCCGAUCUCAACUUCUUCGUCAGCAUCAUCAUCAGCAUCAUCAUCGUCAUCCUCCGCGAACGCCGCAAUAUCAUCCUCGCCCUCGGCCACUUCUGCGUCUCCCUCUCAAUCAGCGACCCAGAAUCUGUUCCGAUCGGACCUUAUCAGCGCUAACGCCAGCAUCCCUCUGCCCGGUAAGCCCGUGUACUCGACCCCAUCUCCUGUUGAAAACACUCCGCAGAAUAAUGAGUGCAGGAUGGUGGAGCUCAGGGGUGCCAAGGUGGCCUCUUUCACAGUGGACGGACAGGAGCUCAUCUGCCUGCCCCAGGCGUUUGAUCUGUUCCUCAAACACCUGGUUGGAGGACUGCAUACCGUCUACACCAAACUCAAGCGACUGGAGAUCACGCCGGUGGUGUGUAACGUGGAGCAGGUCCGCAUCCUGCGUGGACUGGGGGCCAUCCAGCCCGGGGUCAACCGCUGCAAACUCAUCUCCAGAAAAGACUUCGAGACCCUCUACAAUGACUGCACUAAUGCAAGCUCAAGACCCGGGAGGCCUCCAAAACGGACCCAGAGUGUGACAUCGCCGGAGAACCCGCACAUCAUGCCGCAUUCUGUGCCGGGCCUUAUGUCGCCAGGAAUCAUUCCCCCAACAGGUCUAACAGCUGCCGCUGCGGCAGCUGCAGCAGCCACCAAUGCUGCCAUCGCUGAGGCCAUGAAGGUGAAGAAGAUCAAACUCGAGGUCAUGAGCAGCUACCAUGGCAACAGCACCCACCACGGUGCCGACUCAGAGAAUGGAGAUCUCAGUUCCAGUGUGGGCUUGGAACUGCCGUUUAUGAUGAUGUCCCACCCCCUGAUCCCUGUCAGCCUGCCUCCCGCAUCCGUCACCAUGGCGAUGAGUCAGAUGAACCACCUCAGCACCAUCGCCAGUAUGGCCGCUGCAGCACAGGGACAGAGUGCCCCAUCCAGAAUGGUGACAUCAGUGAUUAAGGAGCGGGUCCCAGACAGUCCCUCCCCUGCCCCCUCUAUGGAAGACGGCAGGAGGCCAGGGAGCCGACCCUCAUCCCAGCGCAGCAGCAGCGUCUCCAGCUCUCCCGCGCACACCGAGAGCUCCUCCGACAGAAUGCCUGUGCAUCAGAACGGACUGUCAAUGAACCAGGCAUUACUGGGCCUGUCUCCCAACAUAUUACCAGGACCUAAGGAGGGCGACCUGGCAACACAUGACAUUGGCCAUGAGGCCAAGAGAAUGCACCUGGAGAAAGAAGAAAACCCCCUGUGCACACCAACAGCGAGAGACAGCUAUGAGAGGAUGUCACUAGCAGGUCAGGCUUUACCUCCAGGAUUCCCCUCACCUUUCCUCUUCCCUGAUGGACUGUCAUCCAUAGAGACACUUCUGACUAACAUUCAGGGUUUACUGAAGGUGGCGAUUGAUAACGCCCGCACUCAGGAGAAACAAGUGCAGCUGGAGAAGACAGAGCUGAAGAUGGAGCUGUUUAGAGAGAGAGAGCUUAGAGAGACCCUAGAGAAACAACUGGCUGUUGAGCAGAAGAACAGAGCAAUCAUUCAGAAGCGAUUGAAAAAAGAGAAGAAAGCAAAGAGGAAAUUGCAAGAAGCGCUGGAGUACGAGUCAAAACGACGAGAGCAGGUUGAACAGUCCCUGAAACAAACAUCACCCACAGAAAGUCUCAGAUUACUCAGUGACUCGUUGACCCAGGAGAUAGAGACUGACCGCAGCAGUGGCAGAACAGAUGCUGAGAGGACAAUACAAGGGAUGAACAGGAAUCAGAUUCAGAUACUUUAAAUCAACUUUUUACAAAUAAUCAAUGGAACACAUUAUCAAAAUGAUUUGAUAUCUGUGGUAUCACUGAGCAAACAAAAUAACCAAGCCAAUAGAAAUGGUAUGUUCACACACGUCACUUCUGCACCAGAUAUUCCUAUCACACCAACUGCCUAAUUUCAGCCAACACAGAUCUUCCUUGCUCUUUCACCACUUCACUGUAUGUGUUUUGUUGUCCUUUCGCUCAUCAUAAUUAAAUUAUUUAUAUACACUAUCCACAAGGAGAGAAAACGCUGCUUAAAGGCAGUGAUGCAGUAUUCCUGCGCACAUAGGAAAUGUUCUGGUUAUAAAUGUCAAACAAGCUCCUGAGCCAUGUCAAACAGAUGCUUUUACCAGCAGAGACAAAGAUAGCUGCCACCCAUUCAGGCAUGAACUCACCGCGAAAGAUCACUGGAAAUGGACAAAGCUCUUUUGUUUGCAGGUGGCGGAGAUAGAGUUGCAGAAGAAUAGCAACAUUUAACAUUUUUAAAGUUCUUUACAUCAUGAGUGAAAUAUUGUGUUCAAACAAGCAUGUCAGCAGAAAUAUCUUAAAUAUGUGACAUGCAUUAAUCCAGGGUUGAAAUUGUUAUAGUUAGUCUCUAAAUUUUGCAUUUGCAUUGCAUCACUUUUGCUUAAAGACCCCAUACUAAUCAAAAUUGUUUUGUGACUUUUACUCCAUAUCUAUUAGCUUUGAAGCUAUCUAUAUGCUAGUAUGCACCUUAAUGUUGAUAAAACUCUUUCAUAACUUAGCAGAUAUACAUCUUUCUUUUCUGGAAAAACCAACCAAAAAUAUUGAUCAUACAUCUUGCACUACACAGAUUUUUGCCUAAUAGGGGCUGUCUAAAAUGAGAAUGUCAAUCCCUCUAAUACCAUCUGCAGCUGACCAGAAAGUAGCAAAUAAUGAUUCAUUGCUGUGACGUAAUUACAAAAACAUUUCAUGAGGUUUGAUUCCAUGGGGUCUUUAAUUUUGGUUUAUGGCUCAACUCUGUCUAGUAUGCUUAUUUUUUUCUCUCCCUGUGUUU